UUUUUUUUAUUUGUUGGCCAGGAACGAGGUUGUAAGUGUUGCGGUUAAGAAGAAGAAGGCGACGAAGAAGGAGGAGAAGAAAAAGAAGAAGAAGAAGAGAGCGACGAAUCAUUCAACGAGGAGAAACCGAGAAGGAAAGGAGGGCGUCAGAGUGGAGUUUCUUUCUUUCUUUUUUUCCUGCAGCUGCUACUGCUGCUCCGGCUAUACAUUUUCCCCCCCUCGUUCUUCUUGCGAUCUGGAAUACAGUUUUCUUUUGUAUCAUCGGUGUCUGUCGACUUUUGGAUCGGUGCACUUUAACGCCUUCGUUGUGCUGACUGUAGUGAAGCCCUUAGGAGGUCAGAUAGGCAAGUAGGGGAGGGGGAUGGCAGACCGCAUGAUGGCAACGAACCACGGGCGCUUCCCCGAUUCGGUCAACGGGCUCCAGCACCACCACCCAGCCCACAGGAUGGCGAUGGGGCAGUUCACGAAUCCUCACCUUUCGCAGCAGCAGCAACAACAACAGCAGCAGCAGCAGCACGCCUACAACGGGUUAAUGGGAGAGCAUUUACACUACGGAGGGGCCAAUAUGAACUCGAACGGCGGCAUUCGGCACGGACUGGGACCCGGCGGGGUGAAUAUGAACGGGGGUCACCCCGGCAACGUGCCCCCCAACGCAAGGUACAGUUCGCAGUACGUGGGGCCCGCCGUUAACAGUCAGGGCCAGCUGGCGGCCAGCAUGCAGCUGCAGAAGCUCAACACCCAGUACUACACCCACAUGCAGCACCCCGCGCACCAUCACUACAUGCCGGAUUUGCACCCCGCGAGCCAUCAGAUGAACGGGACGCCGCAAGCUUACAGAGACUGCAACCCAAAGCACAGCGGCGCCUCCAGCCUGCCUUCCCCGGCGCACCAUGUGCCUGCAGCAAUGCUGCCCCCCAACGUCAUAGACACGGAUUUUAUAGAUGAAGAAGUCUUGAUGUCGUUGGUGAUCGAGAUGGGACUGGACCGGAUUAAGGAGCUCCCCGAACUGUGGCUCGGACAGAACGAGUUUGAUUUCAUGACAGACUUCGUUUGCAAACAGCAGCCCAGCAGAGUGAGCUGUUAAUCAGCCGAGAAUGGACUCCGUGGUGUGUUCUUUUAUACGAGAGGCUCCUGACAACAAAAGAGACGCACAUUCCUUUACAGUUUCAGUAUCUCCUUUCACAACAUGAAAUCCUGUGUAUCAAAUGACACCGACUUGGAUUUAAAAAAGAGAAAAAAGAAAUAACAACAAAAAGAGAAAGAAACAAAAGUCUUCUGAUUCCUCUUAUUUAUUCAGCACACCUCUAAAAUUUAGAGGUUAGGAUUAUACCCGUUCUUCUUCUAUACUUCUUCUUCUUUUCUGUAAUGAAGAUGUGUUUAACCCGUGACUCAUCAGUCAAUUACUGCCAGGGAUGCCAGCUUCCUGCAUGCAUCAUGUGUGCAACUGACAAAUUAAGACAAAAAAAAGAGGGGGGGGGGGGGUUCGACAGGAGACGGCCACUGGUACAUCGUUUUGCCUUUCAACGUAAUAAAUAUACUGUUUUAAUGAGACAUUGCAAUGUUUGAGUCAGAUGAAUCUAUAUUUUUUAUUUUCAGAGUGGAUGCAUUUGUAAUAAAGGUGUUAAUAAUAAGAUACAACAAAAAAAAAAAAAAAAUGACGCGGGUGGCCAGAUGAUGAUGAUGAUGCUUUUUAGGGAAAUAACUCUUGUAAUUGUUUAGCCAGUCACUUCUUGUAAAUGAUAUCCAGUAGCUAUCGGAGAUUUGUGCUGUUAAAUUGUCUGUCUAAUGGCCAAGUGAGAUAGCCACCAGGUACAGUGAGACGCAUUUCCCUGAUUUCUCACCUCUUGUUUUAUUCCAGGUGCCAUCUUCUUUCUCUUUUUUUUAUUUAAUUCCCUAUCAAGUUUAGGAACCAGCAGUGAAAGCCAUACCCCAAGGGUAGCCAUCUCCUUGUAUGCAUAUAUCAAUAUAUGUGUAGAGAUCGUUUUUGUUCCUGUUUUUUGGCUUUAACACGUGUUUAAGCAGACCCCCAUGGUGGUGAUGGGGGGGGGGGGGGGGGGGGACUUGAGCUGUCUCCAAACCGAAUCCCACCCCAUCGCCCUCCCCCCUCACUUUUAUGUAUUGACAAUAAAAUGGCGUGGAAUGUUGCUAAGUGAGUGGCAAACGUUUCACUUUUCUUUUAUUUUCCUUCCUGCCUUCUUCAGUUUUCAAAAGUUUUUAACCACUGUGCUGAUUAUAGUUUACGCAAUACAUGGCAAUACUACUGUGUUGAGGCUUUCUAGGAAAGUUUGACAGUAUUUUUGUACAAUUUUUUAGAAGAAAAUGUUAAUUUAUUAUAUUUUAAUUUGCAAAACAUAAAUAAAAGCUAUAAACUGUA